AUGCCCGUAUCUACGCGCCGAUCUACCUUGGGAGCGGCCCCGGUGGAAGACCGCAGUGCCGAAGCUGUGACCGCGAUCCUCAACGACGAAGCGGGGAGCAAACCGAGCACUUCCAGCCCUAAGCGCAAGCGGCAGUCAAAUGUUGACCUCACACCACGGAAACGAACGGUUGUAGAGAUUCCGAUACACGUCGUGCAGUCUGCCAGACGACAGUCUGGACGACUCAAAGCUCGAGCCUCAAUCUCCGCCCCGUCUCUUGCGCCUAGAGGCGACCCUUUUCCAUUUCCUCAUGACCAAGAAGAAGCGCAGGGCCAGGGCCAGGGCAGUCAGCCGGCACUCUUGAAAAAGCUGAGGCGGUUACAUCGACCCAGGUCUCCAGAGAAGUCUCCUUUCAAGGGAAAGGGUGUGUUGGAGACGCGGAGCACUGCGCGUGUGAAUCUCGGCGAUACCCCUUUCCGGCAGGCUCCCAGAGAUCUCAGCAAGUUGCAGAAGUCGCUACUGAAUCCUCGCCGCACAGCCACCAAGUCAAAAACUCCUGUUCCUGCAAACGCAGCUCUUAAUGUACCGUUUCAGGGGGAAGAGAUCCUUGAUGUGCAAUUUGGUCGAAAUGGAGCGCCGCCGUCCACCUCGCCUUUCGUGGAGCCAGGUGUUGAUCUGUCUCUACCUGAUCACACUGCGAAUGAUGCACCGAAUGAAGCUUCCCCCGCAAGAUUCGUGAACGAGGCCAAUCUUCUAGACGAGACUUACGGUUCAGAUCCUCCUGCCAUGGAAAUGACCCGCGAAGAUGAGCCAUCUGCAGCACACUUCCCUUCGGCUCAACCACUCCCGCCUCCUCGUGACGAAGAGUCUCCGGCAGAGGCCCAAGAGGAUGUUGAAGAAGAGAGGGAGGAAACCGAUGUCGAUCAUAUAAAUGGGGUCACCAAUCCACCUGAUGCUCAAAUGGAAUCAACGAAUCGGCGUCCUCAAACCGAGGCUGAACAAAGCAGAGAGGAGCAGGCGGCGGCUGAGGAGGAAGCUAAACGACAAGAACGGGCGAGGAAGGCGUUGCGGGGCGUUGAAGAGGCAGUCAAGAUUCAGGGAUGCGAGAAACUGUGGGAGGAGGCUCUUGUCGGAGGUCUGCAGCUUGCCGAAAUCGGGAAUCCGAACGAACCGACCUCGACGGUUGGUAAAGCGACGUUGCGGGCGUUGAAUGACUUGCACAGAGAGUACAAGAAGCUGGCAAGAGCGCAGUCACCAGAUUUGCAAGAGUCCGAACAAUCUCUGCGUGAACACUACCGUAUCUUGGAAGAAAGAUGCAAACACCUCGCUGGGUAUCGUGGCCGACUGGACAUGUCCCAUAAACGGGAGAGAUCGAGAAUGAUCAAAGAUGUCUAUGGCCAUCUAAUCCCAAGCUCUCUGUCGCUGAGCAGAGCAGGACUAAAAGUUCUAUUUAAAGACAAAGAUCCUAGCGUCGACGCAUACGAGCGAUUAUAUGAGCUGCUGAUGAUUACAAAUAUUCUGGUGGAAACAGCCACGAAAUGGCAGCCGAGACCUGAACUGGACAAAGGGGCCAAAGCCAUUGUGAAGCAUGACAUCGGACCCAACAUCAGCCGGCUUAUAGGACGCUACAAGAGAGAAUUUGAGGAAGCAAUCAAUGAUGCACGAAGAAGUCAGUACCUGGACGACCUGGCAGCGCGACAGAAGGAGGAGAGGGAGACCAUUAAUCAAAUGGCUCAGCGAAAGAGGGCACAGAAACUGGCGGAAUACCGCGCCAACAUGCAGUCCAUACCCAAGGUCCCGUACACUGGUAUCCCAAGUUCCCAAUCCAUCGUUGAUAUUGACGACGUGAUCGUGGAUGACCAGUCAGUGAUGGAUGUCGAUACCAACAGGUCGACACGGGCCCCUUCCCAGCAUGUCACUUUUGCAGCAAGGCCUCGACUGAGACGAGAAGCCACCGAAGACAUACCGCCUCCUGUCCCGACUGAGUGGAAGGACGCAGAGACCGAGAUACUGCUGAGGGGACUCCAGAAAUACCGAACUAGCUCAAGAUUCGAAGACAUCGUCUAUAAGUACGGAGCGCCUGGUGGAGGGCUGGAAAGGUUUGACAUGGAUCAGAUCAUGGCAAAGGCCAAAUGGGCCAGGCGGACUAUGGCCCAGAAAUUCCAGGAAACCGAUGAUCCGGAUUGGGAUUGGUUGAGGACUGUCCCGGCAUGA